AUGCCCGUCCAUCACCUCAUGGUCGGCACGUGGACGCCGCCAGGAGCCAUCUUCACGUUCGCCUUUGACGAUGAAAAGCUCACCGUCGAGCUAGUUAAGCGAACGCCAAUCCCAGAAGAUGAACCCAUUUCUUGGAUGGCCUUUGACCACGCCAAAAAGACCAUCUACGGCGCCGCCAUGAAGAAAUGGUCCAGCUUUGCCGUCGAGUCCCCAACAUCCAUCAUCCACCAAGCUUCCCACCCAAUGCUUCACCAGCCCGAAGCGUCCUCAGCAUCCACAAACACGCGCGCCAUCUUCCUCCUGGCCGCCAAGCAGCCCCCUCACGCAGUAUACUGCAACCCGUUCUACAGCCACGCCGGCCACGGCACCGUCUUCUCCUCGUCCCCCUCAGGAGCCCUCGAGGCCGCCGUCCAGCACUACGCCUACCAGCCCGACUCUGGCGUCCACGGCAUGGUCUUCGACCCGUCAGAGACGUACCUCUACUCCGCGGACCUCAGGGCCAACAAGAUCUGGACUCACCGCCGGCGAAGGGAGGCGCCGUCGUCUCCCGACAACGCAACCCUCGAGCUCGUCGGCUGCGUCGAAUGCCCCGACGAGACGGACCACCCCCGCUGGGUGGCCAUGCACCCCUCCGGCAACUACUUGUAUGCCCUGAUGGAAAAAGGCAACCGAAUCUGCGAGUACCUCGUCGAUCCUGCCACGCACAUGCCCGUGUACACGCACAAGCAGUACCCCCUCGUCCCGCCCGGCAUCCCCGAUCGGUGGGCCAUGUAUCGUGCUGAUGUGUGCUCGCUAUCUCAUUCGGGCGAAUAUCUGUUUGCGUCCUCGAGGGCAAACUCGUUUGACCUGACAGGCUACAUUGCCGCCUUCAAGCUGGGCAAGAACGGUGCCAUCGAGAGGCAGAUAUGCCUCAAUCCCACGCCAACCAGUGGCGGCCACAGCAAUGCCGUGGCCCCAAGUGACUGGUGCGACGAAUGGAUAGCCAUUACCGACGACCAGGAGGGCUGGCUGGAGAUUUAUCGCUGGCAGGACGAGUUUCUGGCGCGCGUAGCUAGAGUGAGAGUGCCCGAGCCAGGAUUCGGUAUGAAUGCCAUUUGGUACGACUGA